AUGUGCAAAUUUUUUUUGUGCGUUUCAACAACUAUAAGACAAUUACAGAAAGAAUUUGCUCAAGCCUCAGAAAGAGUGAAGUCUGUGGAUCUGCACCCUACUGAGCCAUGGAUGCUAGCAAGUCUGUAUUCAGGAACUAUUUGUAUCUGGAACUACCAGUCACAGACUAUGGAGAAAACCAUCAAGGUCACCGAGUCACCAGUCAGAUCAGUAAAGUUCGUAGCAAGCAAACACUGGAUUAUAACUGGUGCUGAUAACAAGUUCAUUCGCAUAUACAACUAUGAUACUAUGGAAAAGAUCAAAGAAUAUGAAGCACACACUGACUUUAUUAGGACUGUUACUGUCCAUCCAACUCUACCAUAUCUGCUGUCUUGCUCUGAUGACAAGGUCAUUAAGCUUUGGGACUGGGAGAAGGAUUGGGAGUGCAUUCAAGUCUUUGAGGGACAUUCUCACUAUGUGAUGCAAGUGGCUUUCAAUCCUAAAGACACUAAUAGUUUUGCCAGUGCCUCUCUGGAUGGAACCAUUAAGAUAUGGAACAUUGGCUCUCCUGCCCCUAAUCUUACCUUAGAAGGCCACUUGAAAGGAGUGAAUUGUAUUGAUUACUUCAUUCGCGGAAAUAAGACUUACCUAUUAAGUGGUUCUGAUGACUUCACUGCUAAGAUAUGGGACUAUGAAACUACAACUUGCGUGAAAACUUUAGAAGGUCAUGAGCAUAAUGUGACUACUGUCAGUAUUCAUCAUGAGCUUCCCAUAAUCAUUACAACUUCCGAGGAUGGGACUGUGAAGAUAUGGAAUGCAGCCACAUUUAGUCUAGAGCACACGCUAAACUAUGCUCUUGAAAGAGUUUGGGCAAUUGGACAAAUGAAAGGAUCAUACAAGGUUGCAUUUGGUUUUGAUAAUGGAACCAUCAUUGUCAAGAUGAAUGAUUCUACUUGAAAUUCUGGACCUCAGCUCCAAGCAUGAGAAGCAAAAGUUGAUGAAUAAAAGUCAUCUAAAUUCCAUAUGUCUUCUGUAAUUUGUGUUGUCUGUUCUGAAAAAAUUUAAAAUGUUUUAUAUAUAUGGUGUGUAAUCCUACCGUCCUUACUGUAUGUGUUCAAUAACAGUUCCCUUGUAAUAGUUCUGAUAUGUAAUUCUAGAGUGCAUGCUUUGUAUUGUUUGUAGUAUUUAAUUCCCAGGAGGAAUG